AGUUGAGGUAUUUGUCUCAUGAAACUAUAGUUUUGAGCUAUAUGGACAAUGAUCGUAGAGUUUUGUACUUGGUGAUAUACAACUGCAAGGUCUGGUUGAUCUUACCAUUUUUAUUAACAAUGAAGAUUUUUAUUUAAAUGUUGACGUGAUUCAGAAGACUAGUUCUCGUUCUAAAUCUGGAUGUAGUUCUGGUUCUAGUGCCGCAAAUGCUUGUGUAACUUAAAGUCCUAAGCUUGCGAGGUGGUAGAUCAUGAUGCAGACAGGGGCAAGCCUCUUGUUUCUGAUGAAUGGAUUUAUAUUUUCGACAAGAUAGGUAGAAAGUUUAUGGGUGGUGUUGAAGCAAUUAGAAUUGUUGUGGAUAAGUACAAGCUAACUACUGGUUACAAGAUUAGGAAUUUGAAAAAUAACAAGACUCGUUAUACUGUAAAGUGUAAAGAAGAUGGAUGUUCAUGGAGGAUUCACUUUGGGCAUGUGAAUGAUGACACUUAUCAGUUUCUUCUGAAAGAUGCUCAUAUUCUUCAUAGUUGUGGUGUUGGUUUGUGGUUAAAGAGUCCACCGGUGACGACCAAGUUAGUCAAGCAUUUUAUAUCUGACAAUAUACAGGGAGAUCCUAGUUUAAUACCAAAUCAAAUCAUUUCACUUUUUAAGAAUACUUUAUGA